AUGUCCAAAGACCUGAAGAUUCUGUCCAGUGACUCCUACCUGGAGCUGAACAAGGACCAGAGCCAGCAUUUCAGUGCCGAUAACAGAGAGCAUGAAAAAUUACUGAAGGAAAGCUGCACUCUAUAUGUGGGGAAUCUUUCCAUUUGUACAUCUGAGGAGCAAAUAUUUGAGCUCUUUAGUAGAUGUGGUGAUAUCAGAAAUGUAUUUAUGGGCUUGGAUAAGUUAAAGAAAACACCAUGUGGUUUCUGUUUUGUAGAAUACUACAACAGAGCUGAUGCUGAAAAUGCCAUGUGGUUCCUAAAUGGGACCAUCUUAGAUGACCAUACCAUCCACACAGAGUGA